CAACUCAUACCCUCCCUUAGCGUAGCAAGCAACAAAAAUGUCAUCGAAUAGGUCAAGGCGUGGUGGUGGCCAAGGGAAAGGCGGAGGACGUCGCUUCGAGAACAACCGGAUAUACGCAUAUCCGUUACCACUUAUAAUCCCCACUCCUGAAGAAAGGCCGUCCUCCUUAUACAAAGCCUUGGGAAUCUUCAAGGGGCUCACUGCAGAAGUUCUGAAUCCACACUGUGAAGGCACCUUUGAUGUCGCCACGCGGUCUAUUUGGGUCAUAAACUCGAGGGAUAUCCAGAUUCUCUGGAGAAGAGGAUUUUUUGGCAAAGGCGAUCUCUCUCGUAGUGAACCAUCAUGGCAUGCGCGACAGAUGAAUAUUCGGAAGUUGGCCGGGAAACGGAUGACUUCUGAGGAAAUCAGGGAAAAGCGACGUCAAGAGCGCAAACAGUUCAAACUUGAUCGUGCAAAAGCACUUGCGGAUGCUGCUGCAGAAGCUGAUGCAGCUUUCCGUGAAGGAAGAGAAGCGGCAUUGCCUGCUAUCCCAUCAGGCGCGACUUGGAAACCUCAACCUUCUAUACCGGAUGCCAUUCCUGAAACCCUUCCACUGGACGAAGCCGAAGACCAAGACGCCUCAGUUCUCGAAGAUGUGGAACCUCUCGAGGAUGUUGAACACUUGCAACUAACUAUACAAGAGGCUUUCUUCCUAAGCUGGGGACUUGAUUGUCUUACAAUUUUAGAGCCCUCGACGAACGAGCCUAUGUCUCUUCAGAGUAUAUGGUCAUCAUUCCAACAAGUUCACUACACGAUACCACCUGAUCCUACACAUGGAGCGCGCUUCGACAAUCCUUUCCUCGUUCACUAUGUCGCAUACCACUACUUCCGCUCACUAGGGUGGGUCGUCAAAGGUGGCAUCAAGUUCUGCGUCGAUUAUUUGUUAUAUAAGAGAGGCCCUGUCUUUCAUCAUGCCGAGUUCGCUGUAGUGGUACUUCCGGUUUAUGAAGAUCCAGCAGACCAACAGUCUUCGCCAUUCUCACUCUCAGGUGCAACACCUUUCUCUUGGAGUUGGCUGAGUACCAUCAACCGAGUCAAUUCUCAAGUCCAAAAAACACUCGUCCUGGCCUACGUUACAAUACCUGCACGGUCGAGGGUGUCGACUGAUCUUCUAUCUUCACCGGCUUGUUUAGCACAUUACUCUGUAAGGGAGGUCGUCCUUAGGCGGUUUGUACCGGCACGAAUGCGAGAUUGACAGUUCACGUCUCCUUGCUUACACAAGACUCACAACCAUAAAUUCCGAACAAUUAUCAGGUAUACGAGCAGUCCUUAUAUCCAGCCAAAUCAACCAGUAGGGAUCCGUCACUAUAGGUCACUCAAUACCCAUUCGCCUUCUCAGCCUGCAGCUCGGCAAGGUACUGAUGUGCCUUGCCCAACAUCCAAAUCGAGAACGACGAUUUGAAGAGCGGGUAAGCGAUAGUGACAGUCUUGUUGAAAAUACCCUCAAGGGCUUCUUGAGGCCAAGAACCAUCCUAAGAGGGAUUAAAGUGACGUUAGAUAUCAUACCAUCCAGCUUAACGACCGGGUACUUACAGGGUUUUGACGAGACAUGACCAGACGGACUGCACGUUCGAUGGGCUCAGGAUGGGGAUAGCGACCAUAAAUGAGUGCCAUGGUCGCCCAAGCCGUCUGGACAACUUGACUAUCCUUGUGCUCUACCCAAGCGAUCUUCUCACAGGACUGUAGAGAAAAACCGUCAAGAUCGCAAUAUUCUUAGCUGAAUAGGAUUAGAACGAUUACUCACCUCCCAGCUCUCACCCCAACCACCAUCGGCACGUUGCUUGCUCACGAGGAAAUCGCAAGCUCUACGGGCCGACUUACUAGUCGUGUAUAUCUCUCCAACCAAAGAGAGACUUUCCAAUGCGAAUUGCGUAGCAUAAGUGAAACAUAUGCCCCAUGAACCAUACCAACCGCCUUCAGGUUUUUGUGCAUUGUGGAGGAACUCGACCGCCC